AUGUCUCAGUGGGAGAGGCUGGUGCAGCUGCCUGCUGCGUUCAGUCAGCAGUUGCAUGACUUGUAUGACAGGGAAGCACUCCCCAUGGAUGUUCGCCAUUACCUGUCUGCGUGGAUAGAAUCACAACAGUGGCAGCGGGCCGCGAGCGACUACGACUUGGCCAUGGUGUUAUUCCAGGUCCUGCUAGAGAAUCUGGAUAUCCAGUACAGUCGCUUUGUACAAGAGGAUUCUUUCUUGAUGCAGCACAACUUUCGGCGAUAUAAACAGAACUUUCAGAGGUACCUGGAGAACCCCUGUGUUUUGGCACACAACAUCUGUUGGUACCUGGAAAAAGAGAAAGAGAUCUUACAGACUGCUGAUCUGGCUGAGCAGGUGCGGGUUAUGCAAGUAGAACAAGGAGGCUUUGAGACCAGCACUCAGCGUGACCUUGACCAUAGAAUGGCUAGCCUUAAGAAUGAAGUGCAGUGUAUGGAACACGCAAUGAUGUGUCUGGAGGAGCAGCAAGAUGAGUUUGAUUUUAAAUACCAAACUUUCUUGAUUGAAGCACCCCUAAGUGGAAACCCUGACAACCCACAACAAGCAAAACUUCAGUCAUUGAUAAAUAAACUCAACGAUUGCAGAAAGAACACGCUGUUUGGCCUUAAUAAGCUUCUGGAAAAGGCUGAGGACCUGAUAGAUGUUUUGGUGAACAAAGAGAAGGUUGAGUGGCAGAGAAGACAGCAAAAACACUGCAUUGGAGCGCCACACAGAGUUUGUCUAGAUCAGCUGGAGAAAUGGUUCACCUGUGUUGCAGAAAGUCUUUUCCAAGUGCGUGAGUUCCUCAGUAAGCUAGAAGAGCUGGCUGGAAAGGUGACGUAUGAAAAGGACCCCAUCAAGGGUGUAAAACCCUCUUUGCAAAUGAGGACCGAAAAACUCCUAUCAGAUUUGCUCAAGAGCUCCUUUGUGGUUGAAACUCAGCCAUCCAUGCCUCAGGGGAAAGGCCCUCUGGUUCUCCGCACAGGUGUACAGUUCUUUGUUAAAACCAGACUUCUCGUCAAGUUUCCCGAUCUGAAUCAUCACAUGAAAGUCAACGUCUCAAUGGACCGCGAGCCACCUCAGAUAAAGAGAUAUCGUCAUUUUAAUGUCCUCGGAACAACAAGCAAAGCCUUGAACAUGUCAGAAAGUAAGAAUGGCGGCAUGGUGGCAGACUUCAGACAUCUCAAUCUGAAGGAGCAGAAGUCGGGAGGUGGUGCAAAAGGAGCCCCUGAUAUUUCUCUGAGUGUGACAGAGGAGCUGCACAUCAUGUACUUCAACACUUUGUUUGAGUUCAAAGGAAUGUCUGUUGAGUUACAGGCUACCUCUUUACCAGUGGUUAUCAUCUCGAAUGCCAGUCAGCAGCAGAGUGCCUGUGCAUCUGUGCUUUGGUUCAACAUGCUCAGCCAGGACACUAAAGAUCUGAUGUUCUUUGCUAACUCACCGGCAGCCACUUGGCCACAGUUUGGAGAGAUGCUUAGUUGGCAGUUUUUGUCUGCCACCAAACGUGGUCUGAAUGAUGCUCAGCUGGAAAUGAUCGCAAAUAGACUCUUUGGAAAGCAACAGAGCUACGACAUCUGUAGUGUAGCCUGGUCUACUUUUUCAAAGGAAAACAGUCCUGACACAUUCUGGGUGUGGUUUGACAGCAUUGUGGUGAUGGUGAAAGCAAAUCUUGAAAACUUGUGGAGGGAUGGCCUCAUCAUGGGCUUUGUUACCAAAAGCAAAGAGAAGACCCUCCUGAAGAAAAAACAGAAGGGCACCUUCCUGAUACGUUUUAGUGAAAGUGUCAUUGGAGGCAUCACCUUCUCCUGGGUGGAAAAUAAUGCAACUGGUGAUCCGGAAGUAAAGACAAUCCAGCCAUUCACCAAAGAUGACCUUUCGCAAAUUCCCUUCCCUGAAAUUAUCAGGCAUUUCCUCAUUUUAAAAGAUGUCCCACAAAAUCCCUUACUGUAUUUAUACCCAAACACUCCUAAAGAUGAAGCUUUUGGAAAAUAUUAUGCUGACAAGAGUGGACUUGACUCGCCUUACCUGAUAUACAUCAAAACCAGGCUCGUGUUUGUUUUAAAGGGGGACACAUUGGAAGCGGUGUCACACAUGUCCACAGAUGCGGCAGAGGGUGAAGUUCCACAGCCAAUUGAACCAUUUGGCAACGUUGCUGUGCAACCUGUGGAUUCUCUGGAGCAUCAUGCGGCCAAUUGUUGUUUGGAUCCCAUGCUGUGUGACUCUGUUGCAAAUUUAGGAGAUGAUCCGAUGUAUCCCAGCUGCACGAACCACUUUUUUGAUUCUGAACCCUUGCCUACCAGUCUAUAA